GAUCUCUAUCUAAGUACAAGACAACUGAAGUAAGAGACAAAACAGAGACUUAUCUACUGAGUACUGAGUGGUUUAACUAUUGCACAUUAUGCUAAUUUCAAAAAUGUCAAUCCUAAUGAGACCAUAUAAAGGUUUUGCAUAUAAUAUAACUGUAUUACUUAAGAUCAAUCCAAAUUGUCGGUCAUUUUCAAAUCAAAAAUUCCUGUCAAAGUUAAAUUUUGUGAAUGGCGAAAGAGUUUUUGCUUCAAGUUCUAUGACUUAUGACUUAAGAGAACCAGCAACAGGAAGCUUACUAGGUGAAAUUCAAUGUUCAAACAAUAACGAUGUUGCAUUGGGAAUGGCAUCUUGUGUUGAAGCAUUUGAUACAUGGUCUACAUACUCUGGCAAUGAAAGAGCUAAGGUUCUGAUGCGAGCAGCAGAAAUCAUAAGGAAGAGAAAAGAUGAAAUUGCCAAGUGGGAUAGUGUUGAUACAGGAAGAUGCAUAAAAGAAUUGGAAGCUGAUGUAGAUAAUGCUGUUGAAUCACUAGAAUACUUUGCUUCACUCGCAUCCACAUCAGUUGGACAUCAUAUCAAAUUAGAAAAUGGAGACUUUGUAUUUGUUACUAAAGAACCAUAUGGAGUUGUGGCAGCAAUUGGCUCAUGGAACUUUCCAUUCUGUGGAGCAACAUGGAAAGUUGCACCAGCCUUGGCUGCUGGUAACACAAUGAUAUUUAAACCAUCACCCUUAGCACCAAUUACCACUCGAUUUGCUGAGAUUUUGUAUGAUGCUGGUGCUCCACCCGGUACUCUAAAUAUUGUACAAGGUGAUGCAGAGACUGGUACCAUAUUGUGUCAAAAUAGUGAUAUUGCAAAGGUUUCAUUUACAGGAGGAAUACAAACUGGUACAAAAAUUAUGGAAACAUGUGCUAUGGGAAUAAAGGAUGUUACCCUCGAACUUGGUGGAAAGUCACCAUUGAUAAUUUUUCCUGAUUGUGACAUGGAAAAUGCCAUCAGUGCAACUUUAAAUGCAAACUUUGAGCUUGGAGGACAGUCAUGCACAAAUGGAACAAGAGUGUUUGUCCACGAAAGCAUAAAAGAUGAAUUUACCCAUAAAAUUGUUGAAAGAACAAAAAAAAUUAAAGUUGGUCACCCAGCUGACCCAAGUGUUCAAAUGGGAGCAAUGAUUUCUGAAAGUCACUUGCAUAAAGUCCUGAAUUAUAUUCAGUCAGCAAAAGAUGAGGGAGCUAAAGUUUUGUGUGGUGGUGAGAGACUUAAUAUGUCUAAUCCAAAAAUCUCAGGAGGAUAUUACCUUACACCUUGUGUGUUAAAAAACUGUCAUGAUGAUAUGAAAGUUGUAUGUGAAGAAAUAUUUGGUCCUGUCAUGUCAAUAUUGAGUUUUAGUACGGAAGAAGAAGUUAUUGGCAGAGCAAAUGCAACACAAUAUGGCUUGGCCAGUGGCGUGUUUACCAGAGACUUGUAUUGUGCAUACAGAGUGGCAUCAAAGAUGAAUGCAGGAACCUGCUGGAUAAACACAUACAAUAUAUUUCGCCCAUUUUUUCCAACAGGAGGCUUUAAAAUGUCUGGUAUUGGACGUGAAAAUGGUCUGCAUGGAUUUGAUGCUUACACUCAAAGCAAAGUUGUUUAUGUAGGGAAUAAGAGAAUUGAAUCACCAUUUUAGGAUUUGGAAAAUGCACAACUUAUAAGAAAUGUUUGGAUGAAUUUGAAUAAUAAAUAGUAUUUUUCUUUCCCAAAGAGAUUCAUCAUCAAAA